AUGCAUGCGGGAGACGUUUAUGGGAUCAGACGUUCGAGCAGGCUAUGGUGUACAACGGGGAGAGCGAGGAGGGAAAAUGGCAUUGUGACGAUGGUAGACGAUGGUCGAACGAGGAGAUCGGUGCUGAAGGACACGCUCGCUGCCAUGUUAGGAGUGAGUGUGCUCGGGAACGCGCAGGCAGGUCAUGCGGAGGAGAAUAGGGUGGGCAAGGAGAUCCAAGAGCUGAGGACGAGGAUGGUGGCGAGCGAGCUCAAACAGCUCCCGGCAGACUUCAGGUCCACCAGCGACAUCGAGUACCCGGCAUGGCUGGAGGGAACCUGGCAAGUGACCGCCCGUUUUGACAACUUUAGCACACCGCUCGGAGUGAAGUUUCUUGGCGGAUCGUCUCCGGAAAUCAACCAGAAGUCAUCGGAAGAAGCUAGAAGCAAGAUAGGAUCGACGGUCGACUACCAACUUCGAUUCGAAAAGCUCGGCAGCGGCAAAGUCAGAGAAGACAGGUUGUUCAACACCGAGCAGAGGCUGAAUGCUUACGCAAAGAGGACGGUUGUUCGAAGCGUCGAGUAUGUUGCAAUUGAUCGCGGACAAGCAACCAAGGAGCUCAACACUUUGACAUACUACAAGGGAGGUCUGGAGUCCAUCACUGAGUUCGAGGAUCUGGGAGGAGGUCUGGUGCGGGCUCACUUCCGCCUCCUCGGCUUCCUCAACCCCAACUCCGCGCUCUUCUUCGACGCUCGGCAGGAGGCCGUGACGAUCAGCGACUACACGCUAGAGAUGAAGAGGCUGGAGGUGUGA